AUGAGAGGGACAAAUUCUAGCAACCCGGCAGGGUUUAUCUUGCUGGGCUUCUCUGAGAAGCCCGGGCUGGAGAAGGUCCUCCUUGUGGCCAUCUCCAUCAUAUAUGUACUGACGCUGGUGGGGAACACAGCCAUCAUCCUGGUCUCCUUCUUGAACCCCAAGCUGCACACGCCCAUGUACUUCUUCCUGUCGAAUCUGUCCUUCCUGGACCUCUGCUUUACAACGAGCAUUGUCCCACAGAUGCUGGUGAAUCUCAGGGGCCCCGAGAAGACCAUCAGCUACACGGGCUGUGUGCUCCAGCUCUAUGUGGCGCUGGGGCUGGGCUCCACUGAGUGCAUCCUCCUGACGGUGAUGGCUUACGACCGCUUCAAUGCCAUCUGCCGCCCCCUGCGCUACGGCGUCAUCAUGCACCCCAGGCUUCUCCGGCAGCUUGCAGCUGUGGCCUGGAGCAGUGGUUUUGUGGAGUCCACGCUUCAGACCAUCCUCGUCUUCCAGCUGCCUCUCUGCAACCACCACAGGGUGGAUGAUUUCAUGUGUGAGGAGCCCGCCCUGAUUAAAAUCGCCUGUGUGAACACCACCUUCCUGGAGAACGAGCUCUGCAUAGCCAUCGUCCUCUAUGUGGUCAUACCGCUGGGGCUGAUUCUGGUCUCCUACGGCUGCAUCGCCAGGAGCGUGCUGAGAAUCAGGUCCACGGAAGGCAGGAGGAAAGCGUUUGGGACCUGCGGGUCCCACCUGCUGGUUGUGGUUUUGUUCUUCGGGACUAUAAUUUCUGUCUACAUCCAACCCAAGAGCGAGUACACGCAGAACCACAGUAAAUUCCUCACCCUCUUCUAUACUGUAGUGACGCCCUCGCUUAAUCCUCUCAUCUACACGCUGAGAAACAAGGAGGGUAAGUGGGCUCUGAGGAGACUGCUGUGGAGGGACCCACAUCAGGGGGAACCGUGACACGUACUCAGCCAUUCCCCAGGUGCCGAGGACUUACA